UAAACGUCUAGUGGUUGCAGUCGGACUCGUAUUCAAGCGGACGUUGUUGCCACAGGCAGUCGCUGGCGUUGUUUUAACAGGCUGCUGUUUUUCUUCGAAUUACCACACGAGAAAACCGUUAACGGUCGAUGAAUUCUGAAUACAAGGUUUUCAUAAAACUGCGUUAUUUCGAUUAUUAGCGGGUUGUUCGCUGCUACGUUUAUAAAACAUCGCCGACCAGCAAAAUGCAGAGAGGAUUAGCAUCACCAAAGCCUCGUUUUGCUUUCGAGCAACUGGUGAAGACGAGCUUUUGAAGUCGCCGUUCCCCCUUCAUCAAACCUGCUGCCUCGGGACAUCUUUCUAACGGCAUGGUCGAACGGGAGACGACGUCCGAGACCCCCACGAGAGACCUAGCAAGCCGCCGUCCCUCGCAAUGACGGAGCGCUGUCCUUUAGCCGAGAAGGCGCUGUCGGAGGGCUUCGCGCGGCUGCGCUUCAAGGACACUUCUCUGCUGAUCUGGCAGCAGCAGCAGCUGGAGCUGGAGAGAGCGCCACCCGCCAACUACCUCAGCCGCAGCCAGAGCUCCUGGUACAGCCAGUACGGCAACCAGGCAGUGGUGAUACGGGACAAAACAAGACUGAAAGACUCCGAUAGCACCGGACAGUCCCGGAUUUGUGCUGUCAUGUGAUCCCGGUGUUCUUCUGGCGACGGAUAGUUCUCACAUUUGAGUGUUACUGACAAGUUUGAAGUAUGGCAUCUGUCCACAUGUCAUUACUCAAGCAGUUUAGACUAAACUUCAUGAUAUUAUACAGUAUUUGUUAACGUUUGUGCAGUGCAACAGCAGUAUUCAUAGAGGAACAUUACCUGUUUAUUAUAUUUACAGACUGAAGAGUCAGUUGAACCAAUCCGAAACCUAAUUUUUAACCCAGAUUAAAAGCGAACACUAUAUACCAUUGCAUGUCCCAAUUUAACAAACUUCAUAUUCAAGUAUAUCAUCACUGGUAGCAAUAUCAUUAGGUUUUCGUUGCAAAAUAAACCUUUAUAUUACUAAAGGCCUAGCAGGUAUCUAUCAAUCUGUCUAGUGUGGUGAAAAAUACAUUACUUUGUCAAAUUGUAAUGUUUUUACAUUACACGAAACGAUCAUAUUUCUCACUUAAAACGGUGUCCACUAGCAUGACUUACACUUGACAAAGAAAUGUUAAUAUAACUUUUAAGUAUGGGGCA